GAAGAAGAAGAAGAAGACUAGUUUCCCUCCACAGCAGUAGGUGGCGGUAAUGCGCAGACGUCUGCCAGCUGCCAGUGAAGACCACAGAAGAAGACGGCGGCCCCAAACAAACCGUCGCACAUCAACGUCGCAGCUGUUUCCGGUGGAAGACUCGACUCGACCGGGGCGAAUGUGUCGUUGUGACAGCGACAAUGAUCCCGCUGAGCUACGUGCUGCUGUGCGGACAGUUCCUGCUGCUGCUGGCGGUGGUUCUGUUACAGUGUCUGGGGGGAAUCCACUCGCACAACUCGUCGACGACGGAGACUCCUGCUCCUCCUCCCCCGUCCUCCUCCGCGGGCCAGGGGGCCACCGGGUCCCCGUUCAGCGAGCAGCCGCCCGACGCGGUCCGCAACGAGGUACCGGUGGAGGGCGACAACGACACCAGGACGUACGAGUACAGACCCCCGUCCCCGGUGGUGCUCUGCAGCUACCUACCGGAUGAGUUUGUCUACUGCCAGGACCCCGUGGACCACGCGGGGAACUACAGCGCCUUGCAGGAGCUGGGCCACGGCUGUGUCUGGUGGGGCGGCCAGACAAAGAAAGAAGUGAACCUCACCCGGGUCAUCUGCACAGCACUGGACAACAUAGAGUGUGCCGGGUCCAGAGAAUUCCUCCGGGGCGAAGUGCCCUGCAUCAAAUACACUGGACACUACUUCAUCACCACGCUGCUCUACUCCUUCUUCCUCGGUUGCUUCGGGGUCGACCGCUUCUGCCUGGGCCACACCGGCACCGCCGUGGGCAAGCUGCUCACCCUGGGCGGCCUGGGGAUCUGGUGGUUUGUGGACCUGAUCCUGCUCAUCACCGGCGGCCUGAUGCCCAGCGACUACAGCAACUGGUGCACCUACUACUGAGGCCAACAUCCUGGAGAUGUGGCCUCAUCCUGCCCUGGUUCUGAGUCUGGGGUCUGGCUUUGAUCUAACGGGAAUCCUGGACCUCCUGAACACUCCUCCAGGGUUUUCUGAGAACAAUGACUCUCUCCUCUAAUUUAAAUAACUUGAAAGAAGAAUUACUUUGGUGUUCACAGCUCUGACAGACUGACGGUGAUGACAAGACGAUUCUUUUUAGUACUGAGCUGUCAACUAAGGUCACUUUGAUUCCAAACCAUGAUAUAUAGUUCUGGUUUGUUCGGCUUCUUCACACCUGGACUGACUGAUAACUUGUUGAUUAGACAGUUCAGCGCCGUGUUGACCCACAUGGUGAAAAAUUAAAUUCUUGAGGGUGAAAAAAAAAAAAGACAGCACAUCUUACGUUUGUAUUUACUGUGUGGUCCGCGAUGAUUCACUCACCUACCAAUGAGGAAAGUGUAAAUGAUUACAAAAACGUAGACAUGGCCGAUAAGAAUGUCCAUUUGAUAACAGUUUAUCUUUUUAAAUUAAUUCUUUCUGCCAUUCUGAAAUAAUAAUGAAGUGAAUCUGUGCAAGCAGCGUAUAUUUUACACACAAUUAUGUCUUCAUUUAAAAAGUGGGUGAAAUACAGUAACUGUUCCGCAGUGAAGUGUCUUUACUCCACCUGGGAAUGACAACUGUCUAAUCACCAUACGACCUGUCAGUCCAUAUCACUUAAUGAUAACUGCUCUUGGUUUAUUUGUAAUAAAUCAGAACAAAAAAGCCCCACAAUGUAUGAACCUUUUUCUUCUUCCCCUUACAGAAUGGUGUGUCCUGACUCCUGCUCUGUGGUCCCAAUGUAGGAAUGAACUGCCACGUCCCGGAAAGUUUUUUUGGGUCUUAUGAAUUAUAGAAAAUGCACAUCUUACUCCACAUUGAUCAUACAACCAAGUUGUCAGUAACUGUUCGCAGUCAUGAUUUUGCCCGAGAAAAAUAAGGUCCCGCGCCGAGUUUAUCAUCUCUUGUUCCCUCCAUUACUGCCCGGCCUCGACUCUUCGCCAUCGUCCGCUGCUUGAGGCUUUUUUGCAAUUCUGUAUUUUUUCUGUUACACUUUAACGUUCAUACACUCAGAACUCAUGAGCAGGUGAUAUAGUAGCAAGUCAGAUAAGAUACGAUAUAAAAAUAAACUCAGAAUAACUCAAAAAUAGCGCUUGUUAAUUUUUCUCGUCUUAACCCAAGCGGAAGGUUAAUGUGCUCUUCCCGCAGAACGAGCAGGUGUCAUUCCCCGAGGACCCACAAAGCGCCUCUGAGGGGUCGUCAUGAAAAAGUUGAAGAAGACGAGAUCGUCAACGUGUCGACCGUUCUCGUCCUGCAGCUGUAAUGGCCGUAUCCUCAGGUCCAGACUGGUCUACAGAUCCUUCAGGUGACUAAACAUCUCUUUGAGACGGAAGCGUUACAUCACAGCUCUCCGAAUUGCAGUUGUCCACAUGCAUACUCUGUCUUCUUGCACACCUAUAAAAAUAUAAGAGAUUUUUUCCAUGUA